AGAUAACGUUUUCCGACAGAAAAUGGCGACUUACGCAUGAGGACGUGAAGUAAGCAAGAAGUGCUCGGCAAUGACAUUUAAGUCAUUACUUAUGUUAUAUUAUUAGGCUUCGUUUCACUCCUGUUUUGGAUUUAAUGUUUGUGCCGUCUCGGUAAGAGGCAUUAUUGAAAAGCGAUGAGUGGACCUGUGAUUCAAGAGAAGGUUGCUAAACUGUUAAGCAGACAGAAUGGAAAACCUGUUCUGAGACCCAUCAAACCUCUGGCGCUGAAGAACGAGGUCGCCAGCCGCAGCCUAAGGAAGGGAGAGGCCACCUGUGUAACUGAAAUGUCAUUACUUAUGGCUUGCUGGAAACAGAAUGACUUCAACAACUCGGUCUGCUCUAAAGAAGUCUCAGCCUUCUACACAUGUGUUGAAAAGGCGCAGAUCAAGGCCAAAGGAAAGCAGGGACCGCAGGGUCGACUUUUGCCUAAAGAAGCCAACACCUUAUUAAAACGAUUUCCCAACAUGAGCAGUGAGAUCUAGGACCAGUAAUGCAGAUUAGUCAAAGAGUGGACACUUUUAUAAUCUGAGGACUUUAGUCUGAGUGUAUGACUGGGCCAGGCAGUUGAAGAGAACGGGUGUGGAAAGGUUUUUGUUUUUUGUUUUUUAAAUGCAAUGAAGCUGUCACUGGGGCUCAAUCUCUGCCAAAAGGACAUCAGCGGGUGCUCACAAAGCAAAUGAAUUGCAUUCGUAAGGUUUUGUAUUAAGGCACUUUUGGUGAUUACUACAUUACUGCACUCCUGCAGGUCAUCUCAUCAGAGCAGUACAAAGAAACAAACACUGGUUCCUUCACACUUAAAGGGAUAGUUAACCCUAAAAUGAAAAUCUGUCACCCUUUACUCAUCUUCAUUUCUUCUUUUGUGUUCAACAGAUGAAAUGGGUCAUACAGGUUUGUAAUGACAUAAGGGUGAGUAAAUGAUGAUAGAUUUUCAUUUUUGGUUGAAAGUGUCCCAUUUUGUAAUUGGAGUUAUUGAUGUUUGACAAAACCAUUGUUACUUCUCAUAUAACCUGAAUGUUAUUAUAUUGGUUUUUUUUGGUACUACUUUUUGAAAUCUCCCCUGCAUAAUUGAGCUGUGAUCUGUAAAACCCAGCAGUUUAUUUAUUUUACAAAUUUUCUUCCUGUUUGGUGCUGUGUCCACAAUAUAAUUAGUCUCAGCCAUUUUCAAUUAUCAGAAAACGGAGAUCAAGGGAGAAGUACUCCGUGCUGGAUCACAUUACAUGCCAGAACACAGUGUAUUGAAUUUGACCACAAGAGCUCGGCGAUGAAGAUAUAAAUAACUCAUUAUUAAACAUAUUAACUUACAAGCAAUUCA